UAUCUUGCUGCAAAAGAAAAAUUGAGCAUAUCCGCUGAUUUAAAUAUCAAUUUGGUGCAAAAAACAGUAUCGACGAUUUAUAACGACAUUCUGAAAAGCAUUGAAACGGAGAAGGAAGCGGUUUGUUUAACACCAACGAAAGCAGCUGUCGAAAAUCCGGAUCGCUUACGAUCUGUACUAAAAGAAAAGGCGUAUAAAUCACAAAUUGUACACGCACGCCAUCGGCGCCAUUUCAUUGAUCCGUCGAUUCCCUCAACAAGCGCUGACGAUAGAAAUCAAGAGAAUCCAGUAACUGCUGCAAAGAUGGUGGAGACCUUAAAAAGCUAUGCAGCUAGUAAAUUUGACAGAGACGUGGAUGUCGAAAGCACGUUAGCGCUAUCCGAAAGCGAAUCAUCGAUCACUAAAGCGGAGGAUGGUAAAGUGGGGGUAUUUUCACCAACAAAGAAGGGUGCAACUGGAAGAAAACGAAGAAGAAGCAGACUGAGCGAGAUGUCUUCGCUCAGCGGAUUGACUCAUCGCACAGCAGGAAGUGUGGCAGUUUUGAAUCGAGAUGGAAGUGAUAUCGAGAAUGCCAAAAAGGAAAAGAUUGCUGAUCGUCUGUUUGAGAAAAUUCAAAAAGCGCAGGAAAAGAAAACUGGAAAACAGUAA